AUGGCACCGUUGGCGGAGCUUUGGGGAGUCUACUAUGGACUAUACAUUGCAUUGGAUAAGAAGAUACAAAAGUUGGAGGUUGAAGUAAAUUCAGAAUUGGUGGUGGGUUUUCUUAUGACAGGGAUUGGCGACGCGCAUCCGCUGUCUUUCCUGGUACAUAUGUGCCAUGGCUUACUAGCAAAGGACUGGUUAGUCCGUAUCUCUCACGUGCAUAGGGAGGCUAAUUGUCUAGUUCGCGGAUUAGCUAACUAUGCUUUCACUCUUCCAUUGGGUUUUCAUGGUUUUUCUUUGGUUCCUUCUAGACAGUUUGCUGCAAGAUGA